AGGUUAUUGGCUUGAAAAUGUGUCAGUAGAGCUUACAGUCACUACUCACAGGGAUAUACAGCAAGGAAUUCUGGUAUUAUCAGCAACUGUAAUGCAAAGUCAUCCUUCACUUACUCGUGUCUCGUUUUCAGAUAUGUCUGUUGUCAGAACAGUGGUGGCGGUCAUUGGAAAAGGGUUUUCUUCGGCAUCCUUUGCAACAAUUGUGCUCUACAGUUCUGAGCUCUAUCCCACUGUAGUAAGGCAGAACGGUAUGGGCUACAACUCCUUCAUGGCUCGACUUGGCGUAGCCGUGGCUCCUCUGAUCCUCUUACUGGACGAGGUGUGGAAGGACCUGCCCCAGGUUGUCCUGUGCUCUGCAGCUGUACUGGGGGGAAUAGCGGCAAGAACGCUGUCAGAGACACGCAACCGGUGCCUGCCAGAGACCAUUGAGGAUAUUGAACAGCAGUGGUAGUGAACGCAGUCACUGGCAUCGGUGCAUAUUCAGACAUCUAAUUGUUUUAGUAGUUCAGUUAAUAUAUACUAGCAGAAUUAUGUGAAUUUUGUGGACACUGUGAACAGUUCAUAGUACUCUCCAGUAGCUUAAUACAUGCCCUUGUUUCUUGUUCUUUUCUAUCUUGCUAUUUACUUUUAUUUUAAAAUUUUUAUCGUGAUCCUUCAUGUGGAUCCUGACCCACUGUGUACAAUAUGUACUACUGUGAUAAAGUGUUUCAAU